GGAUUGCCGAAAUUCGGUUCAGUUAUAGAGAUUUCCGGAUAUCCAAACCAAAUCGACCCAGCCGUGACUUGUCUGAAGUGUGAGCUGUUUUAUUUUAUUUAUUUUUUAACGAAAAUAAAUAGAGCCAAAUCAAGUCAAGCAGACAUAACCCGAGAAGAGAAAACAAUCGAAAGAGAAUUGAAUUGAAGGGACAGCAAGAACAAGAGGAACUCCGAAUAUCGCAAAAUGGAUCUGCAUCCACCUUCGGGAGAGAAUUAUGCUCAUCCUCAGAUAUGCUUCUUUCACGUGCUUUUUAAGGGUGCUGCCUUGGCAUUUUAUAUUCUUUCAGCUCUAUUUGUGGAUAGUUUUGUGAUCAUAUUUGUGGUCACUGUACUUCUUGCUGCACUCGACUUUUGGGUUGUCAAGAAUGUAAGUGGUCGUAUCUUGGUGGGCCUUAGGUGGUGGAAUGAGAUUAAUGAUAAUGGUGAAAGUGUGUGGAAAUUCGAAUGCCUUGACCAAGAGUCAAUGGCUCGAAUGAACAAGAAGGAUUCAUGGCUUUUCUGGUGGACCUUAUACCUUACAGCCGUUGCGUGGAUCUUUUUUGCUAUUUUCUCUUUGAUUAGAUUUCAAGCUGAUUAUCUUCUUGUUGUUGGUGUAUGCUUGACCCUAAGCAUCGCAAAUAUCAUUGGCUUUACUCGAUGUCGCAAAGAUGCUAAGAAGCAACUUCAAGCAUUUGCCACACAAACAAUUGCUUCUCGUGUAUCGUCGACGAUUCAAGAUGGCAAUAUUAUUGUGCUCAUUUCUAGUUGCAAGAGGACUCAAGGAUCUGCUUUGCUUUUCUCCUUUCGUAUUGUUGUGAGAGAAACUUCUGUUUCCUUGCCAUGA